AUGGAGGAUUCAAGCACAAGAAGCCAAAAGAAAAGACGAAGCUUCAAAGAGACAACAAAAAAACAUUUAUCCAAAGAACAAGAAAAAGAACUUCCCAACUGUUUGGUCUCUCUCAAGAAAUCUCUCCACUGUAAAUCCGAACUAUCUGAUGUCCACGACCUCAAAUCUACAAAACACCUCACCACAAUCUCCACCAAGAGAAAUCUCCCGCGUCACCUCCGCCGGCGGAUGUGGGGGAGGUUAUCGGGAUGUUCGAGAUCGAUAGCGAAUCUCAAAGACGUAAUACAUGGAAGCAAACGGCAUUUCGAGAAACCGCCGAUAAGUGGUAGUCCACGUUCUAUUGGAAGCAACGAGUUUCUCAAUCCCAUGACUCACGAAGUCAUCCUCAGUAGCUCCACUUGCGAGAUUAAGAUCACCGGCGUCGGAGACAUGGCUUCACCCGCCGAGCAACGGAAUCCGGCGGAGGAGGAAAUAAACGGUCCACGACUUUUGUUGGGAUGCUGAGCCGGAACGCCGAUGAAUUAUCUGAACCAUUCGCCUUCUUACAGAAGCCAAGCGAGGAGGAAGGUAGAAGGGUUAGGGUUUCACACAAAGAGGAGAGUUUCUUUGGAGAUUAACAGAGACUCCGCCACUAACGGUGGCAGAUCCUCGGUUUCAUGCAAUAAAUGUGGUGAACAUUUCAAUAUACUUGCCUGCGAAGCUCAUCAUUUCUCAAAACACGCAGUGACAGAGCUCGUUGAAGGCGAUUCAUCAAGAAAAAUCGUGGAGAUAAUCUGUAGAACGAGCUGGUUAAAGUCCGAAAAUCAAUGUGGGAAAAUCGACCGAGUCAUGAAAGUGCACAACAUGCAGAAAAAAUUCAAGAUUCGAGAAUACGGAGAGACGGCGAAGAUCAGAGCUAGCAAGCUCCAGAAAAAGCAUCCCAGAUGUCUCGCCGACGGCAACGAGCUGCUCAGGUUCCACGGCACCACCGUCGCUUGCGGUUUAGGGAUAAACGGAACGACGAGUGUCUGCACGGGAAAAUGCUGCGUCUGCCGGAUUAUACGGAACGGAUUCUCGGCUAAACGGGAGAAGAAUAACAAUGGGGUUGGUGUCUUCACGGCGUCCACGAGCGGGAGAGCGUUUGAGUCGGUUUUGAACAACGAGGGAGAUGUUGAUCGGACGGUGAGGAAAGUGUUGAUGUGUGGUAGGGUUGUGGCUGGGAGAGUUCAUCGACCGGUGGAGAAUGUGGAGGAGAUGAAUGGGUUGAUGAUGAGUGGGUUUGAUUCUUUGGCUGGGAAAGGUGGGUUGUAUACAAAUGUCGAGGAGCUUUAUUUGCUUAAUCCGAGAGCUUUGCUUCCUUGCUUUGUGAUUAUCUGCAAACCCUAA